AUGCAGAAAGGGAUGCGGCUCAAUGACGGGCACGUCACCUACCUGGGGCUGCUGGCGAAGAAGGACGGCGCCAGGAAGGGCUAUCUGAGCAAGAGGAGCUCCGACAACACAAAAUGGCACACCAAGUGGUUCGCGCUGCUGCAGAACAUGCUCUUCUACUUCGAGACCGACUCCAGCUCCAGGCCCUCCGGGCUCUACCUGCUCGAGGGCUGCGUCUGCGACCGGGCACCCUCUCCCAAGCCCUCCCUCUCGGCCAAAGACUCCCUGGAGAAGCAGCAUUACUUCACCGUGAAUUUCAACCACGAGAACCAGAAGCCGCUGGAGCUGAGGACGGAGGACGCCAAGGACUGCGACGAGUGGGUCGCGGCCAUCGCUCGCGCCAGUUACAGGAACCUGGCUACGGAGCACGAGGCUUUGAUGCAGAAGUACCUCCAUUUACUCCAGAUCGUGGAAACAGAGAAGACUGUUGCCAAGCAACUUAGACAACAGAUCGAGGACGGGGAAAUUGAGAUCGAGCGCCUGAAAGCCGAGAUCGCCGCCCUGCUCAAGGACAACGAGCGCAUCCAGUCCGGCCAGGGCAGCGCGCCCGGCGACGACGACAGCGACAUCAGGAAGAUCAAGAAGGUGCAGAGCUUCCUGCGCGGCUGGCUCUGCCGGCGGAAGUGGAAGACGAUCAUCCAGGACUACAUCAGGUCGCCGCACGCCGACAGCAUGCGCAAGAGGAACCAGGUGGUGUUCAGCAUGCUGGAGGCCGAGGCCGAGUACGUGCAGCAGCUGCACAUCCUGGUCAACAACUUCCUGCGGCCCCUGCGCAUGGCCGCCAGCUCCAAGAAGCCGCCCAUCACCCACGACGACGUCAGCAGCAUCUUCCUCAACAGUGAAACAAUCAUGUUCUUGCACCAAAUCUUUUACCAAGGCCUGAAAGCAAGAAUAUCCAGCUGGCCGACGCUCGUGCUGGCCGACCUCUUUGACAUCCUGCUGCCCAUGCUGAACAUCUACCAGGAGUUCGUGAGGAACCACCAGUACAGCCUGCAGAUCCUGGCGCACUGCAAGCAGAACCGCGACUUCGACAAGCUGCUGAAGCACUACGAGGCCAAGCCGGACUGCGAGGAGAGGACCCUGGAGACCUUCCUGACCUACCCCAUGUUCCAGAUCCCCAGGUACAUCCUGACGCUGCACGAGCUGCUGGCUCACACCCCGCACGAGCACGUGGAGAGGAACAGCCUGGAUUACGCCAAGUCCAAGCUGGAGGAGCUGUCCAGGAUAAUGCACGAUGAAGUCAGUGAGACGGAAAACAUCCGAAAAAAUCUGGCAAUUGAGAGGAUGAUUAUUGAAGGAUGUGAAAUUCUGCUGGACACCAGCCAGACCUUUGUGAGACAAGGGUCGCUCAUCCAAGUGCCCAUGUCGGAGAAGGGGAAGAUUACGCGGGGGCGGCUGGGCUCGCUCUCGCUGAGGAAGGAGGGCGAGAGGCAGUGCUUCCUCUUCUCCAAGCACCUGAUCAUCUGCACCCGCGGCUCCGGGGGCAAGCUGCACUUGACCAAGAACGGCGUCAUCUCCCUCAUCGACUGCACCCUGGUAGAGGAGCAGGAGAGCACCGACGAGGACGCAAAAGCAUCCGGGCAAGACAUAGACCAUCUGGAUUUCAAAAUUGUGGUGGAGCCAAAAGAUUCCUCGUCCUUUACGGUUAUCCUGGUGGCGUCGUCCAGGCAGGAGAAGGCCGCGUGGACCAGCGACAUCAGCCAGUGCGUGGAUAACAUUCGCUGCAACGGCCUCAUGAUGAACGCCUUCGAGGAGAACUCCAAGGUCACCGUUCCCCAGAUGAUCAACCGGACCGCUGGAACCACACAUGUCUCGUUUCUCUGCAGGUCUGAUGCCAGCUUGUAUUGUGAUGAUGUUGACAUUAGGUUCAGUAAAACGAUGAAUUCCUGCAAGGUCCUGCAGAUCCGCUAUGCAAGCGUGGAACGGCUCUUGGAGAGGCUGACGGACCUGCGGUUCCUGAGCAUUGACUUUCUGAACACGUUUCUGCACUCGUACCGCGUGUUCACCACCGCCCUGGUCGUCCUCGACAAGCUCAUCACGAUCUACAAGAAGCCCAUCAGCGCCAUCCCCGCACGCUCCCUGGAGCUCCUGUUCGCGAACAGCCAGAACAGCAAGCUGCUCUACGGCGAGCCGCCCAAGUCCCCCAGGGCCAACCGCAAGUUCUCCUCUCCUCCCCCGCUCUCCAUCAGCAAGUCCUCGUCCCCCAGCAGGAGGAGGAAGCUCUCGCUCAACAUCCCCAUCAUCACGGGCGGGAAGGCGCUGGACCUCGCCGCCCUCAGCUGCUCCUCCAACGGCUACGCAAGCGUGUACUCCUCCAUGGCGCCCUUCAGCAAGACGACUCUGGACAUAAACAAACUCUACGUGUCCAGCAACUACCCCAAUAAAAUCGCCGACGAAGGGGAAGCGGCCUCGGACAAGCAGGAGGAGCCGCUCGGGAGCAAGCCGAGCUCGGACGUCUCCGUCAGGGAAGAGUCUGACACUGACCCGAACCAGAGCGACGACGCGGAAGCCGAAGCCUCCCCGACAAAGUCCCCGACUACUCCGAAGUCCAUCAAGUGCAAGAAUCCGUCGGAUUUCUCCUUGUUUUCCUACAACAACGGCGUCGUCGUGACGUCCUGCCGGGAGCUCGACGGCAACCGCAGCGCCCUGUCGGCCGCCUCCGCCUUCGCCAUCGCCACGGCCGGCGCCAACGAGGGCACCCCGGCCAAGGAGAAGUACCGGCGGAUGUCCCUGGCCAGCGCGGGCUUUCCGGCCGAGCAGCGCAACGGGGACAAGGAGUUCGUGAUCCGCAGGGCGGCCACCAACCGGGUGCUCAACGUGCUGCGGCACUGGGUCUCCAAGCACGCGCAGGACUUCGAGAGCAACGAGGAGCUGAAGUUCAGAGUGAUCGGCUUCCUGGAGGAGGUCAUCCACGAUCCCGAGCUCCUCACCCAGGAGAGGAAAGCGGCGGCCAACAUCAUACGGACUCUGACGCAGGAGGAUCCCGGAGACAACCAGAUAACCCUGGAGGAGGUGGUGCAGCUGGCUGAGGGCGUCAAAGCCGAACCUUUCGAAAGCCACUCGGCUCUGGAAAUAGCAGAGCAGCUCACCUUGCUCGAUCACCUGGUCUUUAAGAAGAUCCCCUACGAGGAGUUCUUCGGGCAAGGCUGGAUGAAGCUGGAGAAGAACGAAAGGACCCCUUACAUCAUGAAAAACACGAAACACUUCAAUGACGUCAGUAACUUGAUCGCAUCUGAGAUCCUGCGGAACGAGGAGAUCAACGCCAGAGUGAGCGCCAUAGAGAAGUGGGUGGCGGUGGCGGACAUCUGCCGGUGCCUGCACAACUACAACGCGGUGCUGGAGAUCACCUCCUCCCUGAACCGCAGCGCGAUCUUCCGCCUGAAGAAAACGUGGCUCAAGGUCUCCAAGCAGACGAAGGCUCUGAUCGAUAAGCUGCAAAAGCUCGUGUCCUCAGAGGGCAGGUUUAAGAACCUGAGGGAAGCGCUGAAGAACUGCGACCCUCCUUGCGUCCCUUACCUGGGAAUGUACCUGACCGACCUGGCGUUCAUAGAGGAGGGGACGCCCAACUACACCGAGGACGGCCUGGUGAACUUCUCCAAGAUGCGCAUGAUUUCGCACAUCAUAAGAGAGAUCCGGCAGUUCCAGCAAACCUCCUACAAGAUCGAGCACCAGGCCAAGGUGACACAGUAUUUGUUGGACCAGUCGUCCGUGAUGGAUGAAGAAACUCUGUAUGAAGCUUCCCUGCGAAUAGAGCCCAAGCUGCCUUCCUGAGUCUGGACCA